CGGAACAGAUUUGCAUUUGAAAGGGCAGAAGGCUUAUUAAGAUUCAUUUCAUGUUCUUUGACUUGAAGUAAAAGGAAACGAGUCAUUAGUCAAGGGUUUUCAGACAAUCCUUUAAAAAAGGCAUAUCAGAAGAAAAAGCUGCGCUGGGGACCAUUCCCAUUGUAUGGCAUCCAAACGCUCAAAUGUUUUGAGCCGUCUGCUCCUCCUCCCCGUCAUUCGAGUGCUGUCGAGUGCUGUCAGACGCCGACCGGGGCCGCGCACGGUCUGCCGCUCUCCCGACUCCCCGGUUCCCGCUGGACGCACAGCCGCGCUCAGCGGUGCCACUAACAAAUGCGCACGGGCUCCAUUCGCGAGCGCUGCUUCUUUAUGCCAACUUUGGGAAGGUGUAGCAGCGCAACUUUCACUCGGCCGCUGACGGGCAUGUCCACCACAAAGUGCUCCGCUGCGACUCCAGAUCACAACGAAAACCACCAAGAAUCAUGUGUUGAGGAAUUAGGAGACCGUCUUGUGUUGUCAGCACAACGGUUCAUGACAGAUCUGAAGAAGGAGGCAGAAGAGGCUGUUGGAGUCAAGUCACGGGAAGAGAAGGAAAGUGUUGAAGAAGUCCUCAGCAAUGUGUCCUUGGCACCUGCACAGUCCCUUUGGACCACAGAAGCCAGUGGUUCGGUUAAACUACGAAUGGAUGAAGACUGUCUGCAAGAACCCAUCACUGUUCAUCAGAUGUUCAAAGCAUCUGUAGAGAAAUACAACAGCCUGUGGGCUCUGGCUACUAGGAAAAAGGACAAAUGGGAAAAGAUCACCUUUUCAGAGUACUAUCAUCGCUGUCGAACUGCAGCUAGAAGUUUCCUGAAGCUUGGUUUGGAGCGAUUUCACAGUGUGGCAAUUCUGGGAUUCAAUUCAGCUGAAUGGUUCUUCUCAGCUGUUGGGACCAUUUUUGCAGGAGGAGUAAUGACAGGAAUCUAUGCCACAAACUCUCCAGAGGCCUGCCAUCAUGUUGCCAGUGACUCCAAAGCAAACAUCAUUGUGGUAGAAAAUCAAAAACAGCUCGACAAGAUCCUCCAGGUUAGGGAUAGGCUACCACAUCUAAAAGCCAUAGUGCAAUACUCUGGACCUCUUCAGAAGACUGUGUCCAAUUUAUAUUCAUGGGAGGAGUUUAUGGAACUAGGACAGGAUAUCCCUGAGAAAGAUCUGGAUGAGAUCAUAAGGAGCCAAAAAGCCAAUCAAUGUUGUGUACUGAUUUAUACAUCUGGAACUACAGGGAAGCCAAAAGGAGUGAUGCUCAGCCAUGACAAUAUCACAUGGACAGCCCACCAUGCCAGCCGGGCAGGGGAUGUGCAACCGGCCAACUCCCGCCAAGAAUCCCUGGUCAGCUACCUGCCUCUCAGCCAUAUUGCUGCUCAGAUCUAUGACCUAUGGACUGGCAUUCAAUGGGGGGAACUUGUUUACUUUGCACAGCCUGAUGCAUUAAAGGGAACUUUAAUAAGUACAUUGAAGGAUGUCCAUCCUUCAUCUCAUAUGGGUGUUCCUCGGGUCUGGGAGAAGAUGAUGGAGAAGAUAAAAGAAGGCAUAGCCCACUCUGGGUAUUUGAAAAAGAAGAUGGUGACUUGGGCAAUGACUUUGAGUUUGGAAGCCCAUCAGAAGGGGAUAAACAAGGGUGAGGAGCGGCCCUUUCUAUUUAGUCUUGCAGACAGCCUUGUAUUAGAGAAGCUUCGUGCUGAACUGGGCCUUUCUGAGUGCUUGAAGUUCUUCUCUGGGGCAGCCCCCAUUGGCAAAGAAACAGUGGAAUUCUUCUUGGCCCUCAACAUUAUUCUGUAUGAAGCCUAUGGCAUGAGUGAGAGCACAGGACCUCAUUUUAUGUCAGGUCCCAAAGCUUACAGGCUGGCCAGCUGUGGAAAAGUGGUUCCUGGUUGCAAAUUCAAGCUAGCUAAUGAAGAUGGAGAUGGGAAUGGAGAGGUGUGCUUCUGGGGCCGGAAUGUCUUCAUGGGCUACCUCAACCUAGAGGACAAGACCAGGGAGACUUUGGACAAAGAUGGGUGGCUUCGCUCAGGUGACCUAGGGAGAGCGGACAAAGAUGGUUUCUUGUACAUCACUGGAAGGAUGAAGGAGUUAAUCAUCACAGCUGGAGGAGAAAAUAUUCCUCCACUACCAAUAGAGGAUGCAGUGAAAAAGGAGAUUCCCAUUAUUAGCAAUGCCAUGCUCAUUGGUGAUAACAGGAAGUUCUUGUCAAUGCUGCUAACUCUGAAGUGUUCGUUCAAUGCUGAGACAAUGGAGCCCACCGAUAAUUUGAGUUUGGAGGCUUUGGAGUGCUGUCAGCAGCUGGGCAGUCAGGCCAAAAAAGUGUCUGACAUUACCGGGGAAAAAGAUAAAGAGGUUUACCAGUUCAUUCAAAACGGAAUUGAUAACGUGAACUCCAGGGCCGUUUCCAAUGCUCAGCGCAUACAGAAGUGGACUGUACUGCCAAAGGACUUCUCAGUCUCCGGAGGGGAACUAGGUCCAACAAUGAAAUUACGACGACCUGUGGUGCUGGAGCUGUACAGGCAAGAAAUCGAGAAAUUUUAUAUGUAAAAGUGUAAAACUGUUUUGCUGUUUCAGGUCUGAAUGCUGAGAUAGCUGUACCAUUACUUUAAAAAUGUCCUCACAAGCAAAUUGUCUUUUACCUGUAAAUUCAUGAUUACAGAUACUUUCACUGUAUUAAGCA